AUGGAAGAUGUACUGACAGAGAUUCCGCCACCUUCGAGGUUCUUCCAGGAAGAUCUCAACAACUUCACACCUCCAUCACCACCCCUUCCCUCGCCUUUCCUCUUGCUCUCUCAAAACCCUAACGAGGCUGCAGAACCGCCUCUUCGCCCUUCUCUCCUCAUCGUCGCCCUUUCCUCCCCAUCUCUCCAUCUUUUCCACAACGUCUCCUCCAAAACCCUAAUCGGAACCCUAGUCCUCCCCGAGACCCCCUUCUCCGGAAACUCCAUCAACCCCUCUCUCAAAGACAAGUCUUGCAACAUCUACUCUCUCGAUCGCCACCAAAACCCUAAAAACCCAACCCUCCUCGUCUCCUUCCAGUGCCCAAUUGCCGCCGAGAGAUGCCACGCCGUGGCCAAGUUGCUCAUUUCUCAGCAGAUUGUUCCUCAGAGGGUUCUGAUUCUGGACUCGAUUCAGAGCCGGAACUUCAGAGGCAAACUUUCGAGGGAUGAGGCGGUGGCGUUCAAGCUGGAGACGACUUCGGAAAAAAAGGCCCCAUCUUUGAGCUUGGAGUACUUUCCGUCGGCCAGCGUCGUUGAUGGGUUGGGCGCGGCUCUCUUGGCUGCGUGUGAAAUCAACAACAUCAAGGCAACGCUUUGUGUGACAUGGCCUCAAUUUGGUGCUUCAGUGCUGUCCCUGAUCAGAUCCCUCAUCUUUCCUGCGUUGGAUUUGGAUUUGAGCAUUAGCCCUGGUGUUGAUGAUUAUGUGAUUUUAGGACAAGAUAAGGAUCACCAUCAACCUUUUGAUUCUGAUUUGUAUACUUGA